AGUCUCUUAUUAAACUGCAUUUUUGUAGUAACUUAGUGUACAUGAGGCUACGUAGACUGCAAGUAGAAGCCAGCAAAUUUGUUGCUCGCUCUCAAUAUAUACACGGAGUUUUGGAGAAAUCGAUUCACGAUGUAGAAGUGUUAUUCCGACAAUUUAUAAAUAUUUAUCCAUACGAAUAUCUGCUACGUCAAAGAAUAUACGAAUGUCAAUGUUAUUUUUUGCUUGGACCAACAGAUGAUGAAAUAGAGAAAGAUAUGCAAAAUAUACCUUCAGCCAUUGCAACGACAGAAAUACUCAUUAUUGUCGAUAACGAACUGAAAAAUAAUUCAAAACUUUUCAAUGUUUCUUUAUAUGGAAAUUCUAAUGCAAAUAUCGUGUCAAGAUCUGGGAUUUGGACUUUGUCAGAAAAUUACUUGGAACCGAGAUUUUUUUUAAAUGUAAACAGUUAUGAGGAUCUGAUGUCCGAAUUCAACAUAAUUAAUUUAAGAGGUAGAGAACUACAAGUAUGUACAUUUUAUCAGCCACCUGUUUCCUACCUCAACAAAACGACUAAGAAAAUAAUUAAGGGUAUCGAAGAAGAAGUAUUUCUAGCAGAUGAUAUAGAAAAGGAUGGGAUAGAAGUGAAAAUAUUUCUGCUUAUAGCAGAAAAGUUAAAUUUUACUUGGACAUUAAGAAAACCACCAGGAGAUUACAGAUAUGGUCGACGCGUAAAUAGUACAUAUUGGAAUGGUGGUGUCAUUCAACUUUUAAGAGAAAAAAAGAUUGAUCUAGCGUUCGGGAGCAUCUGGUUAACGUCAAAUCACAGUGAUUUUGUAAACAUGACGGAACCAUGGUAUCAGAUGUACAUGCAUUUUUUGGUACCGCGACCACAACCGAUCACCAAUUUCUGGGCACUGACAAGGCCUUUUUCGAUAGAUUGUUGGCUACUUCUGAUAUUGAUGCUGAUCGUUAUGAGCCUAUAUAUGUGUGUACGUUCUAGAAUCGAUUCAAAAUUUCCAAGACGUUUUAGGAGUCUUUUUUUUACAAUUAUGGAAUUAAUGGGCCGUUUAUUAGGUACGUGGAUACCCAAAAACACCAUCAAUGCUAGAUUUGAAUUGCAUUUAUGGCAAACUGCAGGAGUUAUAUUAGUGACCGCUUAUUGUAGCAGUCUUGCAGCGAGACUCACGGGUUCGGAAUAUGAAAAUAGAAUUGACAUGAUAUAUCAAUUUCUCGAGGCAAAUUUAACGUGGGGUCGAACAGGACCAGAACCAAAUUACUACGAUUACUUCGAUAUGAAUGAUUCUUACUCGAGUCAGUUACCAACAAGAUAUAUACCCAUAAAAGAUAAUGAAAUGACGCACACACUCAUUCAAAAAGGAAAUUAUGCGAUUUUUGGGAAAAUUAUAGGUACGCUCUUCUUUCCUGAGGAUAGCAUUUCCAACGAAGAUCUCAAAGGUUACAGAAUUAUGAAGCAAAUGAUAAGCAAAUAUUAUGCAUCCUUCGCGGUCCAACCGUGGUUGUUACAACCUAUUGAUAUGAUUAUUUUAUGGUUGAGACAGUCGGGCCUUACUUAUUUUCACCUCGAUGAUGUUAUUCGCCGAAGAGCUAAUUUCAAUCUCCGCGAAGUUUUCAAGGAAUACGAUAAUCUUGACAAAAGUGCUAGAGUUUUAGGAUUGAUGCCAUUAAGUGCCGGUUUCGCAGCGCUCAUUGUAGGUCUCUUAGCAUCUACAAUAGUAUUCUUCUACGAAUUAAAGCAAGCUGCUGGUUCACGAUCAAUUCGCAAAGUUUUUCGAGGAAUACAAAAGAAACGGGAGGAAUACCAACUGUUGGCAGGUAAAAAAAAAUGUCAGAGAGAAAUUGAAUUAAUGAAGCAUAGUUCAAAACGUACUAACAGAACGAAUCGCAGACAGUUCACUAACAGAAUGAAUCGCAUUAUAUUGGUGAAAACGAAUAGUGCUCCGCUUAUAUCUUGA